CCGGCCGCGCGUGUGCUUCGCUCGCAGAAUCAUGCCCGGCGUGGGUUCGACGGGGGCGGUUGCCCACUGAGCGCGGAUGCGGGAGCGACAACGGGGCUGCCAGACAUGAGGCCUUCGCCUGGUUCAGAGCCCCGCCGGGCACCGGGCCGGUGGCUGAGCGCCGCCUUGGGUCCGCUAGUCCUCCUCUCCCUCGCCCUUCCGCCGCCGGGUCUGGGCUCACCUGGGGAGCGGCUCCGGCAGGCCUGCAACACCUGCCGCGGAAUCACCGAGCGGUUCAGUAGGGGUCUCACAGAUACUGCAAAAAAGAACUUUGGAGGUGGCAAUACUGCUUGGGAAGAAAAAACACUCUCAAAGUAUGAAUCCAGUGAAAUUCGUCUUGUAGAGAUCAUAGAGAACCUGUGCGACAGCAGUAACUUUGAAUGUAACAACUUGGUUGAAGAGCAUGAAGAGCAUAUAGAAGCUUGGUGGUUCAAAUGGAAGAAGAAAUAUCCAGAUUUGUUUAAGUGGUUUUGUAUAGAAACUAUUGAAGUUUGCUGCCCCUCUGGAACACAUGGACCAGAUUGUCUUGCUUGCCGUGGGGGAUCAGAAAGGCCUUGCCAUGGAAAUGGCCAUUGUGAUGGAGACGGCACCAGGGAGGGUGAUGGAUCAUGCAGCUGUAAAAAAGAAUACCAGGGGGAAUUCUGCAUGGACUGCUCCGAUGGCUACUACAACUCUUACAGAAAUGAUACACAUUCCGAUUGUACAGCUUGUCACGAUUCAUGUAAAACAUGCACUGGUGCAACUAAUGCAGACUGCAAGGAUUGUAAAGAAGGUUGGAUCAGAAAUGAAGAAGCCUGUGUGGAUGUAGAUGAGUGUGCUGCAGAAGACUCUCCAUGCCAUUCUGACCAAUAUUGUUUAAACACAGACGGCUCUUUCUCAUGCAAAACAUGUGAUAUUAGCUGUGUGGAAUGCAGAGGGGAAGGCCCCAGCAACUGUAACAGCUGCAUAUCUGGCUAUGAAAUGAUAGAUGAAAAGUGCACAGAUGUAGAUGAGUGUGCACUGUCAGAAAAAGUGUGCGUAAGAGAAAACGAAGACUGUAUUAAUACCCCAGGUGGUUACAGAUGCGUCUGCUCAGAAGGUUUUCAAGACCUGGAUGACACCUGUGUUCCAGCUGUAAAAGCAGAAGAGGAGACGCCAACAAAUGUAUCUUCUCCUGAUGCCCAUGAGGACUUAUGAUCUACAUUCCAAGACGAGAUGUUGAUAUCCCACCCUUAAGUUAUUGAACUGAACAGCCACUACGAGGGCAGGUUGCCAGUAUGACUCUCCUUGGAAAUGGAUGACGGAUUGCCCUUAAAACUGCAUUUCUUUAUUAAAAACAAACAAUUGCUACUUUUUUUAUACUGCCGUUAAAACUAUCUUAGUAGAAGUGACUGGAGACAGAAAAAUCACAGCACCUUUUCAGUGUGUUUGGUUAAAUCCUUAUACCUUGUGGAACAAUGAAAAAGAAAAUAAAUUGGUGAACUGAAUGCUUUUAAAUGGGGAUGGGUUUUCAAUGACUAGAACUUGUCUUUUCGAUACUGGCAAAAGGAGGCUUUUGGUGUGUGUGUGCGCGCGUGUGUGUUUAAUAAUUGUGUAAAUGAAAACUGAAUGUCGAGUAUGGCAUUCAAUAAAGAUUUAUUUUGGCUGCUU